AUGAGUCACCGGGGAAUGGACCGCGACGACGACGAUUAUGAGGAGGACGAGCAGGUCGCUGAGUUCGACGACGAAGAGGAGGAGGACGACCGCCGAGGACGUGGCGGUGGCGGUGGCGGCGGCAGGAAGCGUAGAAGAUCUGGCUUCAUCGAUGACGAUGCCGAGGAGGUGGAUGAAGAUGAGGAGGAAGAGGACGACGAUGAUGAGGAUUUCGAUGCCCGGGGUGGUCGCAGGCGCCAGUACAAGAAGGUUUCGGCUUCCAAUUUUUUCGACGAGGAGGCUGUGGUGGAUAGCGAUGAGGAAGAGGAAGAGGAAGAGGGCGAAGACGACUUUAUUGUUGAGGGUGGAGCCGACCUGCCAGAAGAAGAUGACGGCAGAAGGAUGCGUAAUAGGCGUAUGCUGCCACAUCACCAAGAAGAUCAUGAAGAUCUUGAAGCUGUAGCCAGAAGCAUCCAGGAACGCUAUGGAAGGCGCCUGACGGAUUAUGAUGAAGAAACGACAGAUGUAGAACAACAAGCUCUCUUACCAUCUGUGAGAGAUCCAAAGCUGUGGAUGGUCAAGUGUGCAAUUGGUCGUGAGAGAGAAACAGCUGUUUGCCUCAUGCAAAAGUACAUUGACAGGGGAUCUGAAUUGCAAAUCAGAUCAGCUAUUGCUCUCGAUCAUCUCAAAAACUAUAUAUAUGUGGAAGCAGAUAAAGAAGCCCAUGUCAGAGAGGCUUGUAAAGGUCUGCGCAAUAUAUUUGGUCAAAAAAUAACCCUUGUUCCAAUCAGAGAAAUGACUGAUGUUCUGUCAGUUGAAAGCAAAGCAAUUGAUCUUGCUAGAGAUACUUGGGUUAGAAUGAAGAUCGGGACAUAUAAAGGGGACCUUGCCAAAGUAGUGGAUGUCGAUAAUGUACGGCAGAGGGUUACUGUCAAAUUAAUUCCAAGGAUAGACCUUCAGGCUCUUGCAAACAAAUUGGAAGGUAGGGAAGUUGUGAAAAAGAAGGCUUUCGUUCCUCCUCCUCGAUUUAUGAAUGUUGAUGAAGCAAGGGAACUGCAUAUCCGUGUCGAGCAUAGACGCGAUGCCUAUGGUGAAAGAUUUGAUGCAAUUGGAGGCAUGAUGUUCAAAGAUGGUUUCUUAUACAAAACUGUUUCAAUAAAAUCCAUUAGUGCUCAGAACAUUAAACCUACUUUCGAUGAGCUUGAAAAAUUUCGCAAACCGGGUGAGAGUGGAGAUGGUGAUGUAGCGAGUCUUUCUACUUUGUUUGCAAACAGAAAGAAAGGGCACUUUAUGAAAGGUGAUGCCGUCAUUGUCGUCAAGGGUGAUUUAAAGAACUUGAAAGGGAAGGUGGAGAAAGUUGAUGAAGAUAAUGUUCAUAUAAAACCAGAAAUAGAGGGACUUCCAAAAACUAUUGCUGUAAAUGAAAAGGAACUUUGUAAAUAUUUUGAACCUGGAAACCACGUUAAGGUUGUUUCUGGUGCUCAAGAGGGGGCUACAGGCAUGGUUGUGAAGGUGGAGCAGCAUGUCUUGAUCUUAAUAUCUGAUACAACAAAAGAGCAUAUUCGUGUAUUUGCAGAUGAUGUUGUAGAAAGUUCAGAAGUAACUACUGGAGUUACAAGAAUUGGGGACUAUGAACUUCGUGAUCUUGUAUUGCUAGAUAAUAUGAGCUUUGGUGUGAUAAUACGUGUAGAAAGUGAGGCAUUUCAGGUUCUCAAGGGGAUUCCUGACAGACCUGAAGUUGUGCUUGUUAAAUUAAGAGAGAUCAAGUGUAAGAUAGAUAAGAAAACAAGUGUGCAGGAUCGGUUUAAGAAUACAGUAUCAGCAAAGGAUGUUGUCCGGAUUGUUGAUGGUCCCUGCAAAGGGAAACAAGGCCCUGUGGAACACAUAUAUAGAGGAAUCUUGUUCAUCUUUGAUCGCCAUCAUCUUGAACAUGCAGGCUUUAUAUGUGCUAAGGCACAAUCAUGUGUAGUUGUGGGAGGUUCACGCUCCAGUGGUGACAGAAAUGUUGAUGCCUACUCAAGAUUUCCUUCCCUAAGAAGUCCAAAUCGUAUUCCACCAUCCCCGAGGAGGUUUCCUCGCGGAGGGCCAAUGAAUUCUGGAGGGAGACAUAGGGGCGGGAGGGGGCAUGAUGGUUUGGCCGGUACAACUGUGAAAGUACGUCAGGGUCCCUAUAAAGGUUACCGUGGUCGUGUUAUAGACGAUAAAGGCACAUCAGUUCGAGUUGAACUGGAAUCUCAAAUGAAGGUUGUAACAGUUGACCGCAACCAUAUAUCUGAUAACGUGGCUAUAACUCCAUAUCGUGAUACAUCUCGCUAUGGAAUGGGAAGUGAAACCCCAAUGCAUCCUUCUCGGACUCCCUUACACCCAUAUAUGACUCCAAUGAGAGAUCCUGGAGCAACACCUAUUCAUGAUGGAAUGAGGACACCUAUGCGUGACCGAGCAUGGAAUCCUUAUACUCCAAUGAGUCCUCCAAGGGACAAUUGGGAAGAUGGAAAUCCAGGUUCUUGGGGAGCCAGUCCACAGUAUCAGCCUGGAAGCCCUCCAUCACGACCAUAUGAAGCCCCAACUCCUGGUGCUGGUUGGGCUAACACACCGGGUGGAAAUUAUAGUGAAGCGGGAACACCUCGGGACAGUUCUGCCUAUGCCAAUGCUCCAAGUCCAUAUUUACCAUCAACACCUGGUGGACAGCCUAUGACACCAAGUUCAGCAUCUUAUCUUCCUGGCACUCCUGGUGGACAGCCUAUGACUCCAGGCACAGGUGGUAUGGAUAUGAUGUCUCCAGUUUUAGGUGGGGACAAUGAAGGGCCAUGGUUUAUACCAGAUAUAUUAGUCAACGUACACAGGGCGGGAGACGAAUCUGUUGGAGUUAUAAGGGAGGUUCUUCCGGAUGGCUCGUACAAGGUAGCUCUUGGAGCUAGUGGUAAUGGUGAAACGAUCACAGCCCUUCCCAAUGAAAUGGAGGCUGUGAUACCGAAAAAAUCAGAUAAAAUAAAGAUAAUGGGUGGGGCAUUGCGAGGUGCCACGGGUAAGUUGAUUGGUGUGGACGGAACUGAUGGAAUUGUAAAAGUAGAUGACACGUUGGAUGUCAAGAUUUUAGAUUUAGUUAUUUUGGCAAAAUUAGUUCAACUGUAG